GUGAUGGCUCCUGCAGAACUGACCUCAAAUUUUGGGUGGAGUGUGUGGAGUGGGGGUUGGGCAGGAGGAUGAAAUCUGUUCCUGGCUAGAGCAAGACUAGCCUCUUAUCAGCCAGCCUGGAGUAGAGUUGGGGAAAAGGCCUGCAAUUCCAGUAAGUCCAAAGGUGGCUCUGGCCAGGGCCAUUCGUUGGGUUCUGCUGUUGGGUCAGCUGUCUGACCUUCCACUCCACCCCCACCCUGCUUGAGACCUCAGAGCCUCACAGACCUGCAUAGUGCUGUGAGCACGAUCAUACCAGCCAGAAGAGGAACAUGGUGCUGUUCUGGGGGCUCCUGGUGCUCAGCGUGUCCUGCCUGCAUGGCCCCUGCUCUGUAUUCUCUCCUGUGAACGCCAUGGAGCCCUUGAACCAACAGCUAAUGGACGGGCAGGUCCAGGAGAAGCUGUCCCCACUUAGUCUCCUCAAGUUGGUCAACCAGGAGUCCGGUGAGCAGUCUACCCUGAAGAGGACCCCUGGAAGCUGCAGAGAGACCUCAACUCCAGAACAGACUCGCCAGCUGGCCCAGGCUAUGAUGGCCUUCACCAAAGACCUAUUCUCCCUGGUGGCCCAAACCUCUACCAGCCCUAACCUCAUCCUGUCACCACUGAGUGUGGCCCUGGCAUUGUCUCACCUGGCACUAGGUGCUCAGAACCAAACUCUGCAGAGGCUGCAGCAGGUGCUGCAUGCAGACUCGGGGCCCUGCCUCCCGCACCUGCUGAGCCGUCUCUGCCAGGACCUGGGCCCUGGAGCAUUUCGACUGGCUGCCAGGAUGUACCUGCAGAAAGGAUUUCCCAUCAAAGAGGACUUCCUGGUACAAUCAGAACAGCUUUUUGGUGCAAAACCCAUGAGCCUGACGGGAAGAAAAGGGGAUGACCUAGUGAGCAUCAACCAGUGGGUGAAGGAAGCCACAGGAGGGAAGAUUGAAAAUUUCCUUUCCGAGCUGCCAGAUGACAUGGUGCUGCUUCUCCUCAAUGCGAUCCACUUCCAGGGUUUCUGGAGAAGCAAGUUUGAUCCAAGCCUCACCAGGAGAGCUGUUUUCCAUCUGGAUGAACAGUUCACAGUGCCAGUGGACAUGAUGCAAGCCCACACAUACCCUCUGCGCUGGUUCUCGCUGGAGCAGCCCCCAAUACAGGUGGCUCAUUUUCCCUUUAAGAACAACAUGAGCUUCGUAGUGGUGGUGCCCACCCACUUUGAGUGGAACGUGUCCGACGUGCUGGCCAACCUGAGCCUGGACACCCUGCACCAGCCCUCGCUGUGGGAAAGGCCCACCAAGGUCCUGCUGCCCAAGCUGCAUCUGAAACACCAGCUGGACCUGGUGGGCACACUCAGCCAGCUAGGCCUGCAGGAUUUGUUCCAGGCCCCAGAUCUGCGUGGGAUCUCCGACCAGAGCCUGGUGGUAUCAAGUGUGCAACACCAGUCCACUCUGGAGCUUAGCGAGGCGGGUGUGGAGGCGGCAGCUGCGACCAGCACCAUCAUGUCCCGCAUGUCCCUGUCCUUGUUCGCUUUGAAUCGUCCCUUCCUCUUCUUUAUCCUCGAUGAUGCCACAAGCCUGCCCCUCUUUGUGGGUGUGGUGAGGAACCCCAAUCCUGAUGCGCAGCCAGAACCAAAGGAGCAGCAGGAUUCCCCUGCCAGCAGGGACUCCUUCCAGGACCAGAAAGCAUUUCCCCGUGGAGACAAGCUGUUUGGCCCUGACUUGAAACUUGUACCCCUGUUGGAGGAGGAGUACCCCCAAACCAGCAGCCCCAAGUGAAGGGGCCAUGCAGCCACCAGCAUCCUGAACUCCUUCCUGGACUAGCCUCUCAACUCCCGUGACUCUUUCCAUACAGCUUUGUGGGCUGAGGGGCAGGGGCUUGGGGUGGGAGAGGAGGGAGCCAUCCUCUCCUGGCUCCUUUUGGGGGAGUUGGGGAUGGUCUGGGGCCAGGAGGAGGGCAGGUAUCAGGGAAUUCAUUAAGGGUCUGCAUCCUAUGUCAUUUCUUCCCAAUGGGCUCAGAGAGUGUCAUUGCUUAGGGCUUGGCUGGAGGGGCAGCUGGGUUCUCUGUUGUCAAGAAGGGAGAUAGAUGAUCCCUUGAAUUGGCCUGAGCAUCUCCAUGAUGGGCUACCCCAGGGCAGGACAGUGUUCUGAGGUCACAGAAAUAGGUCAGCCUUUUCUGCUUAGUGGGCGGAAGUUGAAUGUAGCAGUUUCCCGCCUUUGCUGUCACCUGCACAAGCCCCUCUAGCCUCCAGCCCACCCUGAGGACAACCUGACACCUGGGUCUCCCUGCUGACCCUGGAAGACACCAACACUGCCAGGAUCCUGCUUCCCUCCUGUCUCUUGUCUUCCUCCUCUGCCUGAUAUGUCAGGGGCAGAGGCAAGGAAGGGCCCCAUUAAUCCCCAAAAGGCUCUUUUGUAAAGUUUUUGUAGUGAUUUUUACACCACCUGAAUAAAGAAUGAAUGGGC